AGCAUGUCGGUGUCGCUGGACCAGUCGGCGGACGCCGAGUUCCUCCGCUUCGUGGCGCGCUUCUGCGGCGUGAACCUGGGCUCCGCCGCCUCGGGCCGCCUGCGCGUGCGUCUGGGCAAGACCACGGAGCUGUACGAGGCCACGACCAUCGCCAAGUACCUCGCGCGCUUCGCCGACCGCGAGCACGAGCUGCUGGGCCAGACGCCCUUCGAGCGCGCCCAGGUGGCCAUGUGGAUCGACUUCGCGCGCGGCAUUCAGCGCUGCCCCCCGGCGGCCUCGCCCGCGCACUGGCAGGUGCUGGAGGCCUCGCUGCAGCAGAAAACAUACCUGGCGGCCAACCGCGUGACGCUCGCGGACGCCGCGCUCUACUACACGCUGCACGCAGCGGUCAGCGGCUUCACGGAGGCCCAGCGCGACCAGUACGCCAACCUCGUGCGCUGGUUCGACCAGGUGCAGCACACGGCGGGCGUGCUCGGCUUUCGCAACUUCGACGUCGUCAGCCUCGAGCGCAAGCCCAUCGCCUUCACGGCCUAGAAAGAGACGGCGAGAGCAGAAGCAGGAGCAGGAGCGUGCAGACGGAGGCAGCGGCGGACGUGGAUAGAUUCGCUCCCGGCGACGCUUAAUUCUGCAGUAAUAGGAGACGCGGG